AUGGACUCAGGGAAAGAGGGUGUGGCAUCAGCACCUACCAGCCCAGAAUCCAGGAGGACCAGGAGCAAUGGCAAAGGGAAAACCAUUGCCGAGGCUGCUCCACCUUCUGUAACUAUAGUUUCCACAAAAGCUACCCCACUCCCAAAGGGGGGAUGGAAAAAGGGUGUUGCAAUCCUAGAUUUCAUCCUUAGGCUCGGAGCCAUUGGCUCGGCAAUGGGUGCUGCUGCCAUCAUGGGGAACAAUGAACAGAUACUUCCAUUCUUCACCCAAUUCUUCCAGUUUCAUGUUCAAUGGGAUGAUUUUCCAAUGUUUCAGUUUUUUGUAUUUGCAAAUGGAGCAGCAGUCGUAUUCCUCAUCCUCUCCUUGCCAUUUUCAAUUGUCUGCAUUGUUCGGCCGUUUGCAGCAGGGCCAAGGCUUCUACUAGUGAUCAUAGACAUAUUUAUGCUGGCUUUAGUCAUGGCAGCUGCUUCAGCUGCUGCUGCUGUUGUGUACUUAGCUCACAAUGGGAGCCAAGAUGCCAAUUGGAUCGCCAUUUGUCAGCAGUUCACUGACUUCUGUCAAGUUACUAGUGAAGCUGUGGUGGCUUCUUUCGUUGCAGCCGUUUUCUUAAUUUGCUUGAUUGUGCUGUCCUCUGUGGCCCUCAAAAGGGGUUGA